AUGGGUAACGUCAUGCGAGGUGUCAUUGCCUUCAUCCCAUCGGAACGCUGCCAACGCUUUCUAGUGGGGGACCUGAAGGAGAUGCCGCUUGAUCGGACUCUGGACCUGAGCAGCCGCCAGUUGCGACAGUUACCCGUCGCUGCAUGUGUCUUUGACGAGCUGGUCAAGCUCUACCUGAGUGACAACAACCUCAGCAGCUUGCCAGAGGAGCUGCAUCUUCUGAGGAAACUUCAGCUGCUGGCCCUUGACUUUAACUGUUUUGAGGAGCUACCUGCAGCUGUCUGCAGACUGCCUCAGCUUAGCAUCCUUUACUUGGGCAACAACAGACUUUAUCACCUUCCAAAGGAACUUCAAGAGCUCAAGGAACUUAACACAUUAUGGCUGGAAACUAAUUGCUUCAGCGUCUUCCCAAAUGUGGUUUGUGAGCUCCCCAAUCUCAAGACCCUGCACCUCGGUUACAACCAGAUUCGCAGUAUACCCAACGAACUUGGCAGGCUGGAGGAGCUUCGAAGUAUCUGGCUAGCUGGGAACGAGCUGACAGAGUUCCCGCCGGUGUUGCUGGAGAUGCACUUCCUUGCCAUAGUGGAUGUGGAUCGCAACAGAAUCCAACGUUUCCCCGCACUGUCUCACUUGCAGGGGCUAAAACUGGUCAUCUACGACCAUAACCCCUGUGUUAAUGCCCCAGUGGUGGCUGAGGGAGUCAGAAGGGUUGGUCGCUGGGCGGACUGCUCAGACGAUGAUCAAGACGACGAAGGGUCAAAGAUGGCCAGUGAUUCUCCUGCCAAGGUUGUGGAGGUUGAGCCGCAGGAGGAGCUCCACAUGUAA